CCUCUUUUUACAAUAUAUUAGCAGCACUCUUUUACAGUGCAGUCAGUCUAUGGGGUACACUGGCCGCUAACUUACGCUUUCAUUAAUGACAGGGAACUCAGGAAUGCAUCAGAUAUAACAUUUUCUUCAAGAAAGUGAGUUGGCUUACUGGUUUGAGCCGGAGCUUCAGCUCUCCCAUGACCUGGGUUCGAUUGCAAAUGAGCGUUACUGUGGUUUUGUGGAUUGUGUAUCCUGCGAUAAACUCGUCCCAUACUCGGUUGGUAACGGCUUUUCGCUCUCACAACUCUAAACCGUGAAGGAGAACCUGAUCGUUGCUGGAACUGUUUAGGUUGCUGACUGUAGCCGCCAUGUCAGUUGCUGCCCUCUAUUCUCCUUCUUUACAUCACCCAUCACUCUCUUUGAAGAUCCGUGCAUGUUCCUCUAGUUUUCUGGGGCAUAUUUGAUGCACAAAGCAGUAAAACUUACGAGCAGGCUCGUGGUGGCUGCCGGAAGUAUUCAAUAUUACAAAAGCUAAGUUGACACAAGGGGCUCGUGCGCAUUAAACACUUGCAUAGCGCUUAGGUGUGAGCAGCUUCUCUUGGUGGAUGCAAGCCUUCUGCUCAUAGGAUCCUAAAUGGAAAUCACCAGAAUCUGGGUUCCUAUUAUGAAGCGGCGCUGUUCCUCUUCUUUUUCGGAACUGCUUAGCAAAUGUGGCAUUUAAAAGAGCGCUGAAAAGAAACCAACCUCAGACAAAAAAAAUACAGUACCUCAAGUUGAUCCUCGUCGGCUCCCACGCAAAUGAAUAAAAGCGGCUUCUGCCUGUUUGAUGGACAGGCGCUGACCCCACUGCUCCCUCUUUUACUCAUUCUGGAGACUGGAGUGGGCAUUGUGGGAAAUGGGGUUGCUCUCUGGAUAUUUUGUUUUUACCUGAAACCAUGGAAGACCAGCACAGUACUCCUACUGAACCUUGCACUUGCCGAUUUCAUGUUACUGCUUGCCCUACCAUUCCGUACCAGUUACUACCUGCGGCAAAAGGACUGGAUUUUUGGAGAUGCUUUCUGCAGGAUCAAUUUGUUCAUGUUGGCCCUGAAUCGCACCGGAAGCAUCUUCUUUCUGACCGUGGUCGCCUUGGACCGCUACUUCAAAGUAGUCCACCCGCACAGCCAAAUCAACUUAUUAAGUGUCCGUCAGAUGAUUUGCGCUGCUUGCGGGAUGUGGACCCUGGCCACUGGCAUGGCGAGCUUGAUUCUGACUGAAUCGCAUUUGUUUCCAAACCAGACGCAGGAUGCCCUCACUCAGUGUGACAGCUUUGCCAUUUCGAUGUACUCUGCAUCUGUCAGUUACUGGUAUUAUGUCCUCUUCUUGGUCGAAUUCUUUGUACCUUUGCUGGUCACGCUUUUCUGUGCCACGGCUGUGAUCACAAGAUUGCACAAGAGGGAGCUGGACAAGCAGACCCGCAUCAAGCGGGCAUUAGUUUGCUUGUGCGUGGUCGUGGUCGUUUUUGUCGUUUGCUUCUUGCCCAGCAAAGUCACACGAAUCGCGAUUUGGGUCACUCGUGCAUCACACGAAGGGGACUGCGAAAGACUACGAAAUCUGGACAACGCAUUUUAUUUCACCGUUUCCAUUACAUACCUAAACAGCGUCCUUGAUCCACUGGUCUACUUCUAUUCCAGCCCAACGUUCAGAAGGGCUUCCAGAAGGAUGGUCAGCUACAUCCGCAGGAAGAGGCGAGCGAGCAUCGGCGAGAAACCAAGGGAAUCAGGAUUUGAGGAAAUCAGCAACUCGCACAGUGUGGAGAUGCUAUGAGCCACUGCUACAAACAGCUGUUGACUGAAAAUCUCAGCUUUAGGGUCCCGCGUCUUGUGCGUUCUCCACCCCUCGGGGUAUAGCGCAGCUCUAACAUGCAGGGUCAGCUGCACCCCUGGAACCGGUGAAACGAGCAUCCUGUUGAAGAAAUCGUGCUGUAAAAUGAAGAUGUGGAGUGGGCCAACAUGCGUGCGGGGAGCAGCGUUUAACACAUCACCGCCAGCAGCUUGGGACACGACUUGGGGUGACAAUGUCACGAUCUGUAAAAAGAGACUUUUGGUGUCAACGAGUCAAAGGGCUCAUGGACGACCGCUCAUUCGGAACAAGUGUUUAUUAAUAAGAAUAAGAAUAAAUUGAUUGACUAUUUUAUAACGCUUGUCUAGCCUAAUCAAAGCGCGUUGCAUAUGUAUAGAAUUCACCUCGAUGAGCUAACUGCAAAUGUCAAACGCCGACUGCUUUGUGCACGCAUUAAUUUGUAGUAAAGACAGUUUAGCAAGUGCUUUGGAAAUUUUCAGCAUUUGAGUGAGAAAGCACUGCGUUGUAGUGACUGUAAUCACACUAUUUGUAAGAUUAUUCUAUAAAUUAAACACAUAUAUAUUGCAGAUAUUUUUAUUAUUAUAUUUACAUACAUAUAUACAUACUCUAUAUCACACGCACACACAUAUAUGAAUACGCAUGGACUUAAAAUAGCCAGAAGGUUAAACGUGAGGCACACACACGAACACACUGUACAUAUCACUGUAUAUCUAUCUAUACAAACAAUCUCUAUUCAUGACGAUAUAUCUACAGAUCUCUCUUUCCUUAUCUAUAUUUUCAUUUUGUGAGAAGGCAGAAAAUGGUUCAGGACAGAGUGUCAGUUCAUGUGCAUACUAACUGUCACUUUUAUCUGACCAACUUUAAAGGUGUUAUCCUGCAGCCUUCACACCUUUUGUGAGGAGAAAGCCCACGCAUAGGCAAGGAGAAUUUUCAAAUACCACACUGCCACUUUCCAGUCUGAUGAUCAGACGAAGGUAUAAGGCAAAGUCUCCAUGUUCCUUGAUUUGAAGGUACUUUGUAAUACCUUUAAAAAAAGAAGUUGCUUUUCUGGGGAUUAUAUUAUGUAAUUUCGUAUGGCAAGCCAAAU